AUGGUGAUGAGGUUGCCGACGUCGGAUGCAAAGAAGCGAACCAAAGCACUACAGACAGCCUCAGGAUUUCCCGUCGUUAAAUGCCGAUCGAUUGUGGUUCCGGUAGGCGUUGUGUCGGUGUCGUGGGACAAAGACCGGCUGAUUGUGGUGGGGGAGGGGAUCGACUCGGUCAAGCUCAUCGUCAUCUUGCGGAAGAAGAUAGGCCCCGUCGGCGUCGAGCUCCUCAGCGUCGGCCCCUACUGGAAGGACGACGACGCGAUCACCUGGUCGCCGCCGCCGCCGGUGAGCUAUAAUUAUCCGUACCAAUCCCCCGCGCAACCGUACUAUCAUCCAUACCCGUACAAGGUGCGCAGUGAUGAGCAAGAGAACUGCAGCGUCAUGUAG